GUGAAACUGCAGUUUUCAGAACGUGUUUGACUCCUCAAAGCUUUACAAGGUCAGUCCAAAGAAUGGAGAAGAGGAAUAGAUUGAAAGAGCAAUUCAGAGAGGAACAGGUAUUGCCAGUCCACCUGCAGCGACUGAAUGUGACACACCUGUUUCAGUGGGUUGAGCUACAACAGGUGACAACCCCAUAACAGAAGAGACAAGACACUUGAACAGCAGAGAGCGAGACCGACAGAGAGAGAGACAGAUCACUCACAACCAAGGGUCUCAGGAUGUUUAAGAAGAAGGAGUACAGCCCUGUGAAGGCCAGCCAGUCGCAGACGAAUGACAUGCUCACUCUGAUCACACGCUUGCAGCAAAACGCCGACCAGGUGGAGAAGAACAUACUGCAGGCCGAGAAACUUCUGGAUGAGGACAAACAGAAUGAUCGGAAAGGUGUUUCUCUGAAGCAUCAGGGUCCAGUCGCAGAGAUUCUGUCUAAAGCGGAGGUCUUACUCAAGGAUCUCUUCCUGGACGUGGCCAAAGCCAAGAGACUCCAGCACCCGCAGGCCAAUGAGAUCGAGCUCGAUGUGAGUAAUCUUCAUGACCGCUGGUCUAAAGACUGUGGCACGUUCAGAGAUCUCUACGGUCAGCUGCAUGAGCUGUAUCUGUCGCCCGGCAUUGACUGGAACAAACUGCUGUCUGAAAAACAGAGUUUGGUUGUGGGAGGUGAUUAUGGCCCGUCACUGUCUGAUGUGGAGAAACAGAUCGCAUCCCAUAAUAUUCUGCAUAAACAGAUCGAGGCGUAUCGCCCGGCACUGGACUCCAGCAAGGAAAACUCAUUUGCCCUUCAGAAGCAGUACGCAAAUCUACUGGAGGCAUCUCUGAAGCGCCGGGAGAAUAUGUCAUCUCUGUAUGACUUCAUGCACCGCUGCAAUAAAGAGCUGCUGUUUCUGACCGAACAACAGCGCAAAAUGAUCAAGAGAGACUGGAGCGACCGCAUGAUCGACAGUGCUGGAGUGCGCAUGGAGCAUGAGAGGUUUAAGAACAACGGUCUGUUGGCUCAUGAGCGAGAGGUGGACAGACUGAUGGAUGACGCUGAUGCACUCAUUCACAACAGACACCCCGGAUCACCUGCUAUAAGGGCGUACAGUGAGGAUGUGAAGAGCGACUGGCAGCACUUCUUGAAUCUGUGCUUGUGUCAGGACACACACCUGGACAAUGUGGAGGACUACAAGAAAUAUCAGCUGGAUGUGGAGACUUUUACUGAGUCCAUGAAGAGAAUCAAAUCCACCACAGAACCAUCAGUGCUGAAAAACAUGAGCAACCAUGAGAUACUACUGCAACUGGAGGGAGAAGAGAGAGCCAUCAUGAGGAAUGAUCAGCGACUGGUGGAUCUGAGAGAGUCCUGUCCUACUAUCGCUCCUCUACACCUGCGCCGGACUGUCGCGAAUAAACCCGUCGGUGUCAUCGCACUGUGUGACUGGAGCACAGACAAGGACUCUGUGAGAAGAGGCGAUAAGUUCACACUGGUGUCCAGUCCACAAGAGGAUAACUGGGAGGUGAAAUCCAGCACUGGAGAAUUGAAGGUGAUUCCAGGAGUUUGUUUCCUCAUCCCGCCACCUGAUUCAUCUGCCAUCGACACAGUGGACAGACUGAGCAGAGAUUUCUCUGAUCUGAAGCGGUCGAGAGCUGCUCUACAAUCGAAGGCCAGGACGCCCAGCGUGGAAGUGUUGCGGGUCGUGAAAACAGCUACUGUUGCAACGGUCCCUGAUAACUCAAAGGCCAAUGUCAUCUCCAGUCAGCUGGACCGGAUCAUUGCAGACCUGGCGAAGUUGGAGAAGGACGUGCUGAACAGGAUAAGAUCUCCUCUGCAGAGGUCUGACCCCAUCGGUGAUCUUUCUGUCAGGAUCCGAGAUCAUGAGAGAUCUGUCGUGGCUCUGAGAAAUCUGGAGGCAGAGAAAUCAUCCACUCAGAGGGACAUGCAGCCUCUGCUAUCAGAGAAACCCCUGGGUCCAACCACAGCCACACUGUCUCAGAAACUGACCAUUGCCAACAACAAGAUUGAUGACAUCACAGCCCUUAAUGAUCUGUACAAUAAGAAGGCCACAGCCGCUAUGUUUCUGGAGAAACAGAUUAAGAAGGUGGACAAUAUGGUGUCUGUGUUUGAGGAUCAAUUGGCUGCAGACAAUGUGAUCUUGGAUGAGCCCAGUAUCAUACGCCACCACUCCGUUCAGAUACAGAACAUGAGUAAUGAUGUUGCCUCCAAGGAAGAUGAUAUUCAGAAGCUCAACCGUGAGUUAGAAGUGACAGAGCAGGCCAGCAGCUCCCUGCAGAAGAGCUUCCAGGAGUACUGCCCUGAUAUCCGCUACCAAGAGUCAGAGGUCAAGCGCUUGAGGAAUCGCUACUCCAACGUCAACAGCCAGCUACAGCAUAGGGCAGCUCUGUUGCAAGAGGCAGCCAAUAAGAACCUAGAAUUCCAGAGCGCUGUGCAUUCUCUCCAUGCUUUCUUGAACAAUAUGCCCAACAACAAGGUUUUGGCUGGGGAAAGUGCAUCACAAAUCUACGCCAAACAAACCUCUCAGAUGAGAGCGGUUGAAGACAUCAAGAGAAAGACAGAGGAUGUAGACCGGGUUGUAAAAGUUUCUCAUGAACUGCAGAGCAUUCUUAACGAGUAUGAAGUGAAUUCUAACAAAUACCGCCUCACAUUGGGAAAACCGGAAAUUGAUGCAAACAGACUUCAAGCUAUUACCCUGGCUGAGGCUGUGCAGAAGAAGGAAAGAGAAAUUGUGAGAUUUUAUUCUGAAGUGUCAGCAGAGAAUGAUCAACUUCUGAAUCAAGUGGUCUUGGCCAAGGAACUCAUCAACAAGAAUGAUCAAAUUGUGCACCAUGUGGUAGUGAAGCAGCAACUGCAGUUACAAAGUCAACAGAGAGAAAUUGAGGAAGUGGAUGGCCUGAAGCGAGAGCUUGCUGAAGAGAUCCAUCGCCGCACUCAAGCUGAGAAUGAUCUGUCAACCUACAGUAAACGGAUGUUGUCCCUCAAGAGUCGUAGAGGUGUGGAACGGUUGGAGGAAAAAGAGAUUGUGCAGUACUACCGUGAUCCAAAGCUGCAGGCCGAAGUGGAAAUACUAAAGAAGAAGAUAACUGAGGAGAUCAAUAAACGCUCCGAAAUGCGUACAGAAAUUGAGUUUGUCAACCAGAAAGUUGUCAGUCGUGAAAAUGAGCUGACCGUCAUAAAGCCCAAACUAGUCACGAAGGUGCUCACAGAGAUUGAACGCGACCCCAAGCUGGACGUGGAAGCAGCUAGGAUCAGAGAGCUCUUACUCAAACUCAGGGAGGAAAUUCGAGUGUACGAAAGUGAAACAGUGCGAAAAAGAACUGAAGUCACAGUCCUGGAGAGAAAGAAGCCAAUGAUAAGAGAGAGAGUGGUACUGAAAGAGGUUGUCAAGCUGGAAAAAGAUCCAGAAAUGCUAAAAGCUGUCAUUAGCUUCAAGAAUCAGAUCUCGGAUGAGGGUAUUAGGUGCAAGACCCUGAAUGAUCAGAUAUUCCACAUUAGGAGUCAGAUCAAUAAUCUGGAGAGGAUUAUCCCAACCAUCCAACCAAAAACUGUAACCAAGGAGGUGAAGAGAGUUGAGCAGGAUGCAGAGCUCCUAAAAGAGUCCAAGAGUCUCCGUGUUAGCCUGGAAGAACUAAGACGAGAGAACAGUAUUUUGAUUCAAGAAUUCUCUAGCCUUCAGCUCCGCUACACUCAGGUGGAGACAAUAAAACCAAAGAUAGAGUUUAAGGAGAUUAUCAAUGAGAUCUACAGAAUUGACCCUGAAACUGAGGUGGAACUGAGACGACUAAGAAACGAGCUUAAUGAAUUAAGCAGACGGCGUACUAGCAUAGAGAAUGAAAUAAACUUGAUUAUGGUGGACCUCAAGACCCUGCGCUCCCAGAAGCCCAAGGUCGAGCUGAAGGAGGUAACUCAGGAGGUGGUGAAAGAAGAGAGGAGCCCUGAGGUCGUCAAAGAAAUUAAGAGGUUGAACGAGCAACUCACCAUUUUGCGAACCAAUUAUGACUCAACUCUGAAUCGGGUGAUUCGUCUACGCAAGGACAGGGAUGAAUGGAAGACUGAAAGAUCAAAGGUGGAGAUGAGAGUGGUGACCAAAGAAUUGAUAAAAUAUGAAAAUGACCCACUUAUAGAAAAGGAAGCUGAACGACUCAGAAGGGAGUUGCGUGAAGAAGUUCAAUUCCGGCGAACGGUGGAGGAAAAUGUGUAUGACCUUCAAAACAAGUACAUUGUGCUGGAGAGACAGAAACCAGAGGAAAGGGUUGUUGUGCAUGAAGUAGUGCACCUCCAGAAAGAUCCAAAUCAGAUUAUGGCUCAUGAGAAGUUAGUCAAGACUUUGGAAGAGGUCAUUAAGACUCGUAGGAAUCUAGAACUGGAGGUGCAGCAAAUGAGAUCCUUGGUCCUGGAACUGCAAAGAAAUCUGGAGCAUGUGGAUCGGCAGAAGAAGGUCAUCAUAGAGACUGAGCUGAGACAAAUUAAGGCUAGGAUCUAUGAGCUUGAGACUUGUCCACCACCUGUUGAGGAAAAGAUUGUUAUUGAGGAGGUUCUGAAAGUUGAGAGAGACCUUAAUGUAGACAAACUAAUCUCUGGGCUCCGCACUGAAAUGGACAAGGAGGGUACCAUCAUUACCCGCCUGGAGAGAGAUGUUCGAAACCUCAAAAUCAGGAUAGAAACACUUACCAAAGAGAAAUCUGUGGAGAAGACUGUCUACAAAGAGAUCAUCAGGGUGGAGAAGGACCAAACUGUUGAGGCAGAGAGGGAAAGUCUCAGAAAACAAGUUGCCCAGAUGAGGAAUGCCCGAGUCCUCCAAGAAGAAGAAAUUCAGCGAAUUACCACCAAAAUAACCCGAAUCCAGACAACCAGAACAAAUUUCUCUCAAGAAGAGACCACCUUGACUUUUCAGAGGGAUAGACUCAAGAAAGAGCAGGAUGACCUUCUCAAGGAGUUGAGAAGAAUUGAGUCUCGAAAGCAGGAGAUCACUAUAACUUUCCAACAUGAAUCCAAGCUCUUGAGUGAGAGAUCCCAAGUCAUCAGGCAAAAAAGCAUAAAGCUGGAGUCAGAGAUCCAGCGUCUGGAGAGAGAAAUCUUGGAGGAGAAAGAGAGAAUCUACCAAAGGGAAAGCACUAUCAUAGAGCUUCAGAGACAAGUAAAGACAACGCAACAUGCCGAGACAAACACCAGAGAGACCAAUGUCUCCACCAAAAUCACUAUUCUGGAUCCAGAGACUGGCAAAGACAUGUCACCCUACGAUGCCUAUGUUGAGGGUCUCAUAGAUCGCAAUCAGUACAUUCACCUUCAAGAGCUUGAGUGCAGUUGGGAGGAAAUCACAACCACUGGUCCCGAAGGUGAGACCACUCUUCUGCAGGACCGUAAAAGUGGAAAGCAGUACUCCAUCAAGACAGCUCUCAAAGAUGGUCGAUUGACUCAGUACGACCUUCAGCGCUAUAGAGAUGGCAAAAUAUCCAUUUCAGAGUUUGCUCUUUUGGUUGCAGGGGAGAAGAAAUUGACAUUCCCUGCUUCAAGUACAACACACACAACAACUGUCAAGACACUCCCUCCAGCCAGCCCCAGCUACAACUCCUCCACUUUGUCAAAACGCACAUUCUACUCUAGCAACAGCAACUUGAGCACAUUGCAAACCACCAUUGGAGAAGAACUCUUCCCAAUUUCUGGAGUUCUGGAUCUCACCACAGACAGCCGCAUGUCCGUACGAAGUGCCAUGACUCGCAAACUGAUUGACCAAGACACGGCAAUGAGGCUUCUGGAAGCUCAGGCUGCCACAGGAGGCAUAGUAGAUCUGACCAAGAAGGAAAAGUUCUCUGUUCACAAGGCAGUGGAGCGUGGAUUGAUUGACACAACCCAGGUUCACAAGCUUCUCAAUGCGCAGAAGGCUUUUACUGGUGUAGAAGACCCUGUGUCCAAAGAGCGAAUGUCUGUGGGCGAAGCAGCUCGCAGAGGAUGGAUCCCAAAUGAAAGUGCCUUGUGGUUUAUGGAGGCACAAUUGCUGACCGGUGGUCUGGUAGACCCUAACAGAGCAGGUCGUGUCGGCCUGCAGAAUGCUGUUGAUGCAAAAUUGAUCGAUACGUCUGUGGCCAAGCAACUUCAGGAUAAUUCCACCUUUGCAAAGAAUGUGGUCGAUCCGAUCAAGAAGGACAAGAUCACUUAUAAGGAAGCCAUGGCCCGAUGCAAGAGGGAUCCGACCACAGGACUUCCUUUGCUCCCAGCUGCCUCUACUAAUGCCACAGAUGCUCCCUCUUACUCCAGCUUCAACUUCUCCAAAAAAUAAGUACAACAGAGGUUGAUAUCACAAUAAUGAGAGCAGAUUUAAGUGCUACAUUGUAAGGGAAAUUUAUUUUUGGGGUUAUUUCGUACCUAUUUAUUUAAAGAUAAAUAAUCUCUGGUGUGGAUGGAUAUCAUUUUAUGUCAUGCUGAGGUGUUUAUCUUUGCUAUAUUGGUUUUUAAAGUGCUUUUGCCAGUUACUUGGCUCCUCUUGAUGAAUGGGCUAAACUGCUUUUCAGACUUUAUGAUAAUAAAUGGAACUAUUUCAUAUAUUCUUUA